CUUAGUGUUGCUCAUACUACACUGAGUGAGAGUUUGGACAAAAUAGCCUAAAUCAGUCCUUGAACUAAAACUAUUAAUUUAGUCAAGCCGUUUUCCUUUAAGUCUAACAACUCACUUUCUUGACUUUAGUUUUGCGCUAAUUUCAUUUUUUACACAUGCAGGAUACUUCGCUUAAAUUCUGUACUGUGAUACAUGUUCUGCUGUGUUCAUUCUGGAUAAUAAGCCGUAUUUCUUCUUUGUGGGGUUAACGGUAGAUUGGGCUAUCUAUUCUACAGGUGCCCUCCGGUGAUGAGUUUUCUGUUCCCUGACGACUACACCAUGAAAGAUUCUGACUCACUGACCAUUCUUCACUACCCCGGCCCUGGAAAGACCAGCUCACAGUUCACACCCUCACCUCUCCACAGCGGAACUCCAGCCAUGGGGAAACCUCAGCCCUUCUGCCUGCAGUCUGGCCCACACCUGCUUGCCAGCAUGCAACUCCAGAAACUCAACAGCCAUUAUCAGAGUCUUGCUGCUACAACAGGAUCAGCCAACAUAUCUUCGAGAGGCUAUGGAAUGCGACCAUUGGGUAUCACUCAGACCUCAGUCCCAGAGUCACACAGACCUCAGACCCAGAGUCCUGGGAUUAUUGACUUAGACCCUGUGGAUGAAGAAGUGCUGAUGUCCUUGGCGGUGGAGCUGGGCUUAGACCAGGCUAAGGAAUUACCAGAGCUUUGGCUUGGCCAGAAUGAGUUUGAUUUGAUCUCAGAUAUACCUGCUGGAUGCUGACCUGUGUACACACAGAGACAAUUCUCCCAUCACCACUGUAUCUCCACUCAGCAGUUUUUGAGGGAAUAGACAUAUUUAAGAUUUGUCUAUAUGAUGGAUACUAUCUGAAAGUGUUAUCAGAAAGGCACAAACAUUUUGGGCACAGAAAUUUGCACAGUUUCCUGUUUUGGUGCAGAUAAGAUUUACAAGUGAUCUUAAUCCAAAUUAUUUGAGGGCAUAUUCAUAAUUUUCAUCUAUUAGAAACAAGUGUAAAAUCAUCAUUCUGUUGAUUGAUUUGGCUUGAUGAGUCAUCUGUAGGCCUACUAUAUGUGUACACUCAUUCCCCAGACUGGCUGUGACAUACAGCCACAAACAAUUCACAAGGAGUGCUGCUAGGGUGAAGGGGUGUCCCUCUGAUGCUCUUCAGUUUGGAGUUGGAAAAUGUUUCAGAAGUCUGAGGCACUCACGAGGGUUAUAUGUUUGUUAUGCUUCAUCGGGGCAAGUCAAAAUGGCCUACAACAUUUUGUAAUACGCUAUUCUAAUCCAAUCCAAUGUCAAUUUAAGUGCAUAGCUUUCCGGGAGAAAAACAAAAGCCCUGGUCCUGUACAUGGAAAGCAUGGAGAAACAAUUCCAAAUAACGUUACUUAAGUAUAUAUAUAUAUAUACUCUUUUUUUCUUCAGGGGCACAGAAGAGAGAGGUGUAAUUCGAUAGCUGUUGAACUCAAACAUAGCAACCAAAAUGGCGGCCUUUGAGAAUGCCUUUAAGACCUGAAUGGAUGAUCUUACACCUGAAUGAAUGGGAGGACACCCUGAUUAUGGUGUAAUGCCCUGAGGGGCUAUGCUGAAUAUGUGGGCAUUGAAAACAAUAAGAAGGCCUAACAGGGAAGUUGCUCAGUUCAGCCGUUGUGAUACUGGUCAUGUCCUCUGAUUGAAUAGUCAACACUUGCUCUCAACCUAGGCCUAAAGCAUUUUGGAUUUUGAUAUGUUCUUUUCAUGUGUCAUUGUGGAAAAACAAGGUGUUUUAUGUCUUUGUGUAUCUCUUUGCUUUCCUCUUAACUGAAUUUCUACAGCUGGGGAAACAGUUUGACAUAGAUGCCACAUGAUCAUAGUCAAAUGUUUGUAUAGAGGAAUAUUUUUAAAAAUAAAUUAGUCUGGACCUUCUUAGCUGAAAACGUUGAGGACAUUUGCUGGUUAUUUUUUUUUGUUUAUGUUGACAUAAUGUUUGUGAUUUUGUAUUACACCUGUUUAAAAUACACCAUGGGGUUUGUUUGUAUGUUUGAUUAAACAGUAAG